CUCCGAACGCCUGACACUGUUUUCCAUGGAAAAGCAUAAACAAAAUUAGUCUUGCAAGAAGAUCUAAAGAAAUGUUGCUUAGGGAAAUCGCUCGAUUCUCAUUGCAACAUCGAACACUGUAUUGCUAUUUGAUUCUAAGCAUCUGGAUUUUCCUACUCAUUGCAGGAAUGUACAAAUACAUUGGAUCGAUGGAAAAUAGCUACAGCAUUUUGGGUUCGAAAAGUUUCUUCCACAGACAACAGCAGCUCCUGCUGGAGGAACAGGAACGAAUUCGGGCGAAGAAAAUGAACGAUAUUGAUUGUAAUCACCCUCCAAUGAUUGGACUCGGAGAAGAGGGUGGUGUGCUCGAUGGGUGGUCCUUGCAGGGCGUGUUACUUUUGAUACGGCAUGGAGAUCGGGGUCCAAUGACACACGUGCGUGAUAUUGACUCCGUGGAUUGCAGCUAUGCAGGCGACACUGUGCAAGCGAAAUAUAAUCAUUAUAUUACGAAUAGCAGUUCCACGACUGCUGGACACUGGAUGAAAACCGGUCCAUUUCAUGGUUUCCCAUUGCUUCCGGCCAGUCCAAAGGCAUGCUUACUCGGACAGCUGACACAAAAGGGUGUUGCUCAAUUGCUGCGGAUCGGAGAAGUUAUCAGGCAGGCCUACGUUCAUCCUUUAUCACUGAAUGCUAGACCAACUGUGCACACCAAAACAACCACUUUUAACAGCACUUCCGAUACCAGCAGUCAAAUUAAUUUCAACACAGAUGAUAUAGUAGUUUAUGCGACACGUUAUCGGCGUACAUUCCAAUCGGCCAUGGCUCUCAUGUUCGGUAUAAUUCCUCCCGAAAAGUGGCAGGCUCUGCAGAUACAAGAAAGCCACAGCUUAUCUUUCUGCUUCACGGAUUGUGCGUGCCCACAAGCGGAUAACCUGAAGAAGCAAAUUGAUAAGGAAAGCAAGCUCUCACUCACAGCGCACCCUGCCGUGGGAGCAAUUGUUCAGUGGAUGGCGGUGACUAUGCUGCAAAAUCAACCUUUCGACGGCCAAGUCAGUCCUCUGGAAAUUCGGGAUGCAAUUCUGACACAUAUUUGCCAUGAUGCUCCACUCCCGUGUAGGAAAAUUUCAUUGAAGCCUCGCGAACAGCGAAUGAGCAGUAGUAGUAGUACCCAAGACCCUCAAGAUGUUAUCAAUAUAGACCAAGAUGAUAACACAGUUUUGACGAACCAGAAUCAACCGAACACCGAAGAACCGAGUGAUGCGAGCCAAACUGGAGUGCAGGAACCGGAAAUUGAGGGCUGUGUUGAGAGGAGUCACGUUACCGCUCUGAUGUCCUACACACAGUGGGCUGGUUCAAAGGAAUGGAGAAGUGUGAAAAUGCGCCAACAAGGUUUGCUUCGUUCUUAUGGAUUUUUGCGCAACAUUGUUGGUUACAUGCUUAAAAUGAUCUCCGGUGAUAAGGUGAAAUUCGUUCUCUAUUCGGGCCACGAUAAAACCAUGGAAUACGUAAUGGCAGCUCUAGGAUUGACAACAGACAGACCCUUCAUACCGUAUGCCUCUCGUAUGGCAUUCGAAGUUUAUAAAAGCGAUAAGGAUACCCAAUACUAUUUCCGAUUACUUUACAACGGGAAUGAUGUAACGAGCACGAUUGGAGUUUGUGAAGGUGGCAAGAGUUUGAGUGUUCCUCGCGGUAUACGAGGAGAUAGAGCAAAGUUGUGUCCUAUAGAAAACAUAAUACGUUUCCUUCAUGACGAUUACUUCCUUCCGUUGAACGCUACUAACUUCAAAGAUGCAUGUCUGGCACAGAAUGAUUUUUAACCGUCGUCUGGUUUUCUUUGGUUAAUGUUUUAUGUUCAAUCUGUGAUAAACAUGAUUUAGUGUUACAUUGAGAGUUGAGCUAGGAAAUAAGCUUAUUAGUAUGAUGUGUUGAAUAUUGAUUAAAGUUUAUGAUUAACUUAGUGCACGAAACGGAAACAUAUCAGUUUAGGAUUUUAUGAAAUGAUAGCAAUUAAAUACAUGUAUAUUUACAAUUAAUAAAAUAGGUAGCUAUGGAAAAAAUCUAAAUGGAAUCGUAAAUGUGUAUGCCGACAUUUUUAUUUGGAUGAAAAGUGUUUUCAAUGAAUAAAAUUAAGAGA